AUGAUUUAUAUCAGCUGGUUUCACAGCCAUAUUCCAAAAGUUUUUGCACUUUUGAGUUUUCUCAUCAAUCCGCUGUUUAUUUAUUUGGUUGUUACAAGAUCGAAAAGUCAAGUUGGAAAUUAUAGAUAUCUUCUUGUCUCUUUUGCAAUUUUUGAUAUUUUUUAUUCGAUUGCUGAGAUUCUAACUCCAAUUGUAAGAAAUUCAUUAAAAAAAUAUUUCUUGAUAGAAAACUUCAGGCAAUUGAAACCACAACAACUUGGUUCGCUGUUUUUCUAACAGAUGGCCCAUUUUUCGAUAAUCCAAUAAUUGGACAACUUGGAAUCUCCUCAAGAUGUGCUUUUAUUUCUCAAAGUUAUGCUAUCCUCGUGAUUCAUUUUGUUUAUCGCUAUCUUUUGCUUUUCAAACCGCAUUUGGCUAGAAGUUUCUUUGAACCAACUGGAAUUGCUAUUUCAACAGCAUAUUUUGUUUUUCAAGGUCUUUCUUGGGGAGCGGUGAGUUUGAGCUAAAAAUAAAUGAUUCAAUUAAAAUGAAUCACUUUUUUUCGUAGGUGUGUGAGACAUGUUUGUCACCAAAUGAUGAGAUUCGCAAAAUUUUGCUCCCAACUUUUGUGGCAAGACACGAUGUUGAUUCUCAGAAUAUUCCUAUGCUGACUGCUGUUUACUGGAAUAGUACAAGUGAAGUGACAACAAGAGGACGAGUUGGAAUUGGACUUUUAACAUUGACAUCAAUUUAUUCGAUUGCAAUCUAUGGAAUUUUGGGAUACAAGGUUGGAGAAUGUCAAAUUCUUGGAUAAAAAUUAUUUUCCAGAUUGUAAUAAACAUUCAGGAGAAAGGAGGAUUGAGUAAGAAAUCUUUGAAAAUGCAGGCUCAAUUGUUCUACGCUCUUCUCGUUCAAACACUUAUCCCAAUAGUUGGAAGUUUCACCCCAACUGUUCUUGCUUGGUAUGCACCAAUCUUUGGUUUCGAUGCUCCAACUUGGUGGAAUUAUUACAUUUGCACACUUCCAUUGGCUGCUUUUCCAUUUAUUGAUCCUCUUGCUGUUAUUUUCUUCAUUCCAAAUUAUCGAAUUGCUUUUGUCAAUGUUUUAUUGCGUCGUGAUAAUAUUUCAAGCUCAGUCAAUGUUGUAAAUACAACUUCAAUUCGAAGAAUCACUGAAACUGUUCAUCCAAAUCGCUCUUCAACUUCCCAAAUCAAUUGA